AUGGGGGAGACAGAGACGGGACGGGACGUGCAUGGAGAAGACACUGUGGACCAGACCAACCUCACACGAGUGUCAGAAUUCAUCUUGACGGGGUUCUCACAGAGUCCUGAGCUCCAGUUCUUCCUGUUUCUGGUGUUCUUGUUUGUCUACAGCACGACUGUGGUGGGAAACCUCCUCAUCAUAGUCACGGUGACCUCGGAUGUCAGGCUCCACACACCUAUGUACUUCCUGCUCCGCAAUCUGGCGGUCAUAGACCUCUACUUCUCCUCAGUCACCUGCCCAAAGAUGCUGGUGGACUUCUUUCAUGAGACCAAGACCAUAUCCUACCAGGGCUGCAUGGCCCAGAUCUUCUUCUUCCACCUCCUGGGCGGUGGGACUGUCUUCUUCCUCUCUGUGAUGGCCUAUAACCGUUACAUAGCCAUCUCCCGGCCCCUCCACUAUGUCUCCAUCAUGAACAUCAGGCUGUGCAUGGGGCUGGUGGUGGCUGCCUGGAUAGGCGGCUUUGCCCAUUCCAUCGUCCAGCUGUCUCUGAUGCUCCCACUGCCCUUCUGUGGCCCCAAUGUCCUGGAUAACUUCUUCUGUGAUGUCCCCCAAGUGCUGAUGCUGAGACUCGCCUGCACAGACACCUUCCUCCUGGAGCUCCUCAUGAUCUCCAACAGUGGGAUGCUGGAUGUCAUCUGGUUCCUUCUGCUUCUGAUCUCCUACUUGGUCAUCCUGGUGAUGCUGAGGUCCCACUCAGGAGAGGCGAGGAGGAAAGUGGCUUCCACCUGCACCACCCACAUCAUUGUUGUGUCUAUGAUCUUCAUUCCAAGCAUUUACCUGUAUGCCCGGCCCUUCACCCCCUUCCCCAUGGACAAGGCUGUGUCUGUCAGUCACACGGUCAUGACUCCCAUGCUCAACCCUAUGAUCUACACCCUCAGGAACCAGGAGAUGCAGGCAGCGCUGAAGAAACUUGCGCAGCGCCUUGCAAUUUGCAACAGGGAGUGA